AUGGCCGAGGAUCAGAUGCGAAUCACGCACGGGAUUUCCCUCCAAACUCCCACCUUCGAUAGCCGCCAAGAUGGUCUCGGAAUAGGGAAUGCCACACCUCAAAUCUCCUGGCGCUUUUUGCACGACGACCUCAGAAUCGCAGGCUGGCAACAAAAGAGCUAUGAGAUUGAAGUUGAGCGUCGGGGUACCGUGGAAACAUACCUUGUCGAUUCCCCUGAAUCGGUUCGAGUGCCAUGGCCAAGCUCGCCUUUGAGCUCCCGAGAAAGAGCCGCCGUUCGCGUCAGGUCGAUCGGAGUCUCUCAAGAUUUUAAAGAGCCCACUACAACUGAACGGUCGGCUUGGGCUUCAGUUGAGACGGGCAUACUCGACAGAAAAGAAUGGCGUGCUCAGUUGAUCACAGGCCAGCAAGAAACAUCUCUUGAAAAGCCAAUCCGCCCUCUUCUCCUAAGGAGUUCGUUCGAAGUCUCCGAUGUCUGCCCAAAAAUAAGCCAAGCACGCCUCUAUGUUACUGCACAGGGAGUUUACCAUGCUUACCUGAAUGGAACUCGUGUGGGUGACCAUUUCAUGGCACCCGGUUUCACCUCCUAUCGAUUCCGCUUUUCCUACCAAGUAUUCGACGUGACAAAUCUCAUUAAAAAUGGCUCAAAGAACAUUCUUGCUGCAGAGGUUGGCGAAGGGUGGUAUGCAUCGAGUCUGUGGAGGGAAGGUCGGCAAAUAUAUGGCAAAGACAUUGGGUUGAUCGCGCAGUUGGAAAUCACCUUCGAGAACGACCACAAGCCACUGGUUGUGACCACGGAUGCGAGCUGGGAAUGGAACACUGGCCCCAUGCUGGCUAGCGAGAUCUACGAUGGCGAGACUUUUGACAUGGCACACGAACAGUCAGGUUGGAAGACUGGAGCUCAGGCUCAACCGGGCACCCAGUGGAGGAAAGUCACCGUCUUGCCCCUUCCUUCUGCCACAUUCUCAGCGCCAGAUGGGCCUCCUGUUCGUGCAACACAAGAGAUACAGCCACAGAAGAUCUUCAAAUCUCCCUCUGGGAAGCUACUGAUUGACUUUGGGCAAAACUUGGUAGGGAAACUACGUGUUCGCGGAUUGUACAAGCCAGCUGGCCAUCGUGUGAUCUUCCAACAUGCUGAAGUUCUCGAACAUGAGGAAAUCUGCAUGCGUCCACUUCGUGCCGCAAAAUGCACGGAUGUUAUCGUAUGCUCAGGCGACAAGUUAGAGAGUUGGUCUCCUAGCUUCACGUUCCAUGGCUUCCGGUUCGUUCAAGUGGAUGGAUGGUCUCCAGAAGACGAACUUUGUCCGCUACUCGCGGAAAAUAUCACAGCAAUUGUCUUGCACAGUGACAUGAAGCUAACGGGCUGGUUUAACUGCUCUAAUGAACAGAUAAACAGACUCCAUGAAAACUCGGUUUGGAGUAUGCGAGGAAAUUUCCUUUCUAUCCCAACAGAUUGCCCUCAACGCGAUGAACGCCUCGGCUGGACAGGUGACAUUCAGGUUUUCAGUCCUUCCGCAAACUUCCUAUACGAUACCGAUGGCAUGAUUGCGGACUGGCUUGUGGACCUCUCACUGGAGCAAAAUGAAGGCAAUGGUGUACCUCCGAUGAUCGUACCCAACGUGCAAUUUGCGAAAGAGUCACGGCCACCGCAGGCUGUCUGGGGGGACGCUUCCAUCCUAGUCCCAUGGGCCUUAUAUACAUGGUUCGGGGAUAGAGAAAUACUCUCACGACAAUAUCACAGUAUGAAAUCUUGGCUAGACAAAGGAUGUUCUCGUGGCGAGGAUGGGCUGUGGACGACCUCGCUUUGGCAACAUGGAGACUGGUUAGACCCAUCAGCCCCGCCUGAAGAUCCUGGGAAUGGCCAAACAGACGGUGUCUACGUGGCUGACGCAUACUUGGUAUAUGUAACGGGUGUUUUGAGCCAAAUAGCGACCAUUCUUGAAUGCUCAGAUGAUGCACGAAAAUACUCCGAUGACCACCUUCGCCUCAAGCAGGUCUUCCAAGAGAAAUACAUUACACCCAAAGGGAUGGUGAUGUGCGACACUCAAACCUCGUUAUCACUGGCAUUAUUUUUCUCGCUAUUCGCAUCAGAAGACCAGAUAAAGAAUGCCGGGGAGCGAUUAGCUCGAAAAGUGCGCUUUGCUAAAUUUCGAGUUGCCACUGGCUUUGCUGGGACCCCCAUCGUGACACAUGCGCUGAGCCGGACUGGAUGGCACCAGCUUUCAUACAGAAUGCUACUAGAGACCAGUUGUCCGUCAUGGCUGUAUCCCGUCACAAUGGGAGCUACCACGACCUGGGAACGGUGGAACAGUAUGCUUCCAGAUGGCACGGUUAAUCCAGGCCAGAUGACCAGCUUUAAUCACUAUGCGCUAGGGUCUGUCAGCAACUGGCUUCACGAAUACGUUGGAGGCAUCAGUGUUAUCGAGCCUGGCUGGAAGGUCUUCAAAGUCCAGCCAAUUCCGGGCGGGACGAUUCGCAACGCCGAUAUUCAAUAUGAAAGUCCAUAUGGCUUGAUCAAAUGUUCGUGGAGCCUGGAUGACGCUUCGGUCUUCUCAAUGAAGCUUCAAAUCCCUCCCAACUCCUCUGCACUAGUUUUUAUGCCAGAGAUGGAGGUCAACCCAAAAGGUCGGCAAGGGACAGUCUUUUACUCUGGUCGCUACGACCUAUCUUGUAAUUUUCAUCCCGAUCCAUGGCCCCCGACUCCACUCGAAACAUUGUUCAAGCCACCUGCACGAAAGGCCACAAGUUGA